GAUAAAUAUGUAUAAUAUUUAUAUGAAUAUGUGUACCUUUUCAAGCAUCUAAGGACAACGUGAAGAGUUCGGCACAUGAUAUUGAACAACUCGUCCGACGAUGGAUGUGUCACAUCAGGUUUUGAACAAUUUUCAGGUUCUUCAUGAGUUCAACAUUAUCGACAACAUCAUCGAAUCGGCGGUCGAUGAACUUUUGCAGAAACAGGUUACGCACAACGAUUAUGUAGAAAUCGAUGCCCUUCUCUUGCCGCUGUGCCGACUGUGCGCACGCGAAGAGAACCACCUGAUCGACAUCACCGAGGAACAUUUCUCAUUGAUCAAUGAGCUGCGCAUUUUCAUCGACGUCGAUAGCGUCUGCUCAAAGAUUUGCAGCCAAUGCAAUGCCUUUUUGGAGGAAAUUCGUCGAUUUCGCGUCAUGUGUGACGAAGCCCAAAAGCGCAUAGCGGACCUAUUAACGCAGCGAAGUAUGCUGCCCGACUUUCUGAAGCUAGACUUUAGUGAACCCAAGGAACCGUACUUGCCUCUGUUGCUUGAAUCGUCCCCGCUGUCUGCUGCAAACCUACCUGACGAUGCUAUGUCAAUGGAACCGACUGCCCUUAUGCUUGAGGAGCAAUUGGCGGAUGUGGAAGAGACAAAUUUAGCGGAAAAGGUUGAGCCAGAUAACCCAGUGCCGAAAAAUGUUCAAUGUACUGUCCGUAAGGAACCAGCCGUGCUACCGGGGAAACGGAUCCUUGCCAAAAGGGCUGCAACCAAAGUGAGCCAGCUGGUCAAAUCUUUACAAUCGGUCGAGAGCGAUGAGUCUACCGAUGUAUCCGACACGGAAGAGUAUAAACCGGCGGCUACGGGUGGCCAUGUUGUCAAAAUGAAGAAAAGGGCAACCAAACAGCGGAAACUGAAGGUCGCAAUGCCGAAACUGACCAACAAACAGACGGAUGCGGAACCAAAGCGCUUCGAUUCGAGGCGACAAAUCGUAAACGGGCGCUUGACAUGGGUGUGUCUCGAUUGUGAGCAAGUUUUCGAAAGUUGUAUAAAGUUAAAAAUCCAUCGCCGUACCUGUCCGUUAGUUGGCAGUGAGCAAUCGAAACGCGUCGGAAUGUUUCCUUGCGAUGUUUGUGGGUACGUGAAUUCGACCCUCGUGGGAUUGCGGAUUCACCUUAAUAAGCACCGCGAAAGAGCCCCGCAGAACAAGCGGCAACACACCGUAUCGAAAGAAAAGAUAUGCCACGUGUGUGGCAAGACGUGCAAAACAUCGCGUGCCCUACGACAGCACCUCGUUUGCCACAGUCAGGAGAAAAAGAAUGAAUGCCACAUUUGUGGCCAACGGUUCCGACGAAUGCAGGUGCUGAAGAUACACGUGGACACUCACUCGGAGCACAGGCAGCACGAGUGUGACGUUUGUGGCAAGAAGUUCUACACCAAAUCCGUCCUCUACAAUCAUCGUAAAAUUCACGACGGAAGCUAUCGACGUCGGCAAUGCCUGGUUUGCUCGAAACGCUUUGCCCACCCGUAUCAGUUGCGGGAACACAUGAUGAUACACACCGGCGAGUAUCCUUUCGUAUGCAGUAUUUGUGGCGGCAAGUAUCGUACACUAGGGAAAUUUAAGCGCCAUCAGCAAAUGGAGCACGUGCAGGUUUUCGAUCAUGCCACCGUGGUCGAAGCGGACCCGCCGUCGGAUGAGACUGACUCGAACGAGGUGGAAGAUAUUAUCGUCUAUCAACCGGAAGACGACCUGGUUGCAAUGCUGGAUACGAUCCCGCAGGAAAUGCCGCCGCUAACGCCACCACCCACAACGAUAGAUGCGCUAGAUCAGGAAUCAGUGUUUCCUGCGGACCAUUUACUUGAUCACCCAAACAGCGAGUUUGCGGUGCCUUGUUUCCCGCAUACACACGAAGCGGACGACGGAUUUUACAGUUUUAUGGAAUGCUAGAAGUGCUAAAGAAGUGAGUUGACUUCAAACAAGCCUACGAUAGCAUAUAUAAAAACACCCCAUAUACUGCUCUAAAAGAGUUUGGUAUUCCCAGCAAACUAAUCAGAAUGAUCCAGCUUUGUCUGCACGAUACCUCGGCAUGCAUCCGGAUUAACGGAAGAUUAUCGACGAGCUUUCCGACAGAUAGCGGGCUGAAACAGGGAGAUGGGCUCUCUUCUAUAUUGUUCAAUCUUGCCCUGGAACGAGUGAUCCGCAUGAUUCCAUUGGAAACAAAGGGGACACUUUGCACUAAAUUGACACAGAUAGUUGCAUAUGCGGAUUAAUGUCGUCUCGGAUUAUCAUGUCUCGAUCACAACUGUUGGCCACAGAGACCUUUCUGCAACUGGACAAAGCUGCAGAACAGGCAGGUCUCAAAAUAAAUAUGGAUAAAGCAAAGGUCAUGACACAGUCCCGCAGAAGGCGCCCCCAGAGACAAAACAACACAUCUGCCGAUCACAAUCUUGAGAAUGUCGGAAAUUUCGUGUACAUCGGGACCAACCUGGCAGAGGAUGGCAGUGAGGAGGGCGAGAUAUGUCGGAGGAUCCAAACAGCCAACCGGACAUAUUUCUCAAUGUUGCCCAUAAUAAAGUUCAAGAUAGUACACAGACAGGCCAAGCUGAGACUAUACAAGACAAUCAUCUGCCCUGUCUUGUGUUACGGAUCGGAGAACUGGGUCGUAACUCAGUCCCAAGAAAACAGGUUAAAUGCCUUUGAGCGAAAGAUCCUCAGAAGAAUCUUCGGCCCAGUAAAGGAUGGAGAAUAUUGGAGGAUCAGACAUAAUAGAGAAAACUAUGAAAUGUUUGAUGAUCCAGAGAUCUCUAUCAUGAUAAAAAAACAGAAACUGCAAUGGGUUGGACACAUCAUACACAUGAAUGAGGUAAGGAUACCAAAGAAAACGCUAUUGGGAACCAGGUGGGCAGUCGGUAGGCCAAGAGCUCGAUGGUAGGACAGCGUCCGUAAGGCCAGCGAGGACCUGCCUAGGAGACUGGAGAGGCAGGGCAGCGUGCCGAGUCAGCUGGAGAGGCACGAUACAAGCGGUCAUAGCCCGAUUCGGGCGUUCGCGCCUUCCAUAGAUAGAAGUGCUAAACCGCUAAAGCGUUUACGUGGUUGAUUUUAAACAACGUGAUUUUAAAUUUAAGCUGAUGCAUUCCUUCCAGUGGCACAAGAGAACACCGUCGACGGAAUCCCAAAUAAACAAAAAUUUGUCUCUCUAACAUUCCUGAAAGUGGUACGUUGUUUUGUUAUUAAAAAAUCAAGGGUUCAACAUUAUUUCUUUUUCUUCGUCUGAUGCAAAACACGCAUUUUUUCUUCAUUUAACGGAAAACCUUCAUAGUUUUGAAA